CCUCACCGACUGUGUAAUGUACACAUAUCCGUUCGCUUUCUUCUCGGUUUUUAGGCGUUUUUCUUGACUUGUCUCGAGAGUUUACAUCAUGGCGAGGUCAGGAAACUUGCAGCAACGCCCUGCAGGGUUCAACCCCAAGACCCGCAAGUUGAUUGCAGUCUGCUUGGGUGGAGUUUUGUUGCUUUCGAGCGGACAUGUUGUUGCACAGCAGACGGGUGAAGGAGUUCGGCAGAAUGGUUCGCAGGAAAGUUAUAAGACGGUUACACCAACUAUCAGUGGUACAACUGCUACGUGCAAGUUCCCACAGGCAGACGCAAGCGGAGGGGGUAGCCGCGAUGGUAGUGGUAGCUUGACGUUGUCCAAGGAAAAUUUGAUUGCUACUUUGCAGUGCUCUAGUGAAGAAACGGCCGCAAUAUCUCCAAUUCCUCAAGGUUUGGCAAAAAAAGUAUGUGUCCGAGGCAAGGGAGUUUCUGGCAAGUCCAAUAGCUGCAAUAUUGGGGGAGCUGCGCUAGAUGGGGCAGAGACUGAGCUGAGAGCCCUCCUGGGAACAGAUCGCGACAUCCAGUGGAUAAAAACUGAGACGACCAAAGGAAGCGAAACUGCAUCCAACAACGAGUGGACCUUGACGCUGCAGGAGUCAGACCUGCCCUUAUCCGAAAAGUCCUUCUUCGUCGGCUGUGAGCACGCAAAGGCGAGUAAACGUUCGGAAACUGUUGUGUCAACCAAGUCGGCAUGCACGGUAAAUGUUACCGUUGAAGCGCGAACUUCUGCAGCUGCGGAGAACAACGUUGUCACAUGCGCGUAUGGCCAAAACAGCAACCCUCAUCCCCUGAAGGUUGAGGUCACACCACAGAAGAACACCGUCACUCUUCAAUGUGGUUCCGAGGGUUCUCUCAACCCUACAAACUACACAACGAAGUACUGCGAUGCGCAGGAAGAUAUGUCCAAAUGCACAGAGAAGAAUUUCGCUGAUAUUCUUCCUUCGAUUGUGACGAGUUGGUGGACAAGCGAUAACACGAAGAAUUCCGUGAAGCUAACAGUCCCCGAGACCGGCUUUCCGGAAUCAGAACAGCAGUUCCGUUUGCGUUGCGUCCUCAACAAGACGAACCCUCAGACAUCGGGCCCAAACGCGAAGAGUGAGCAAAAUGCAGAGACACAAUCGACAGCUUCUACGUCGGAAUGUAAUGUGAUUGUGACGGUCAAGUCAGGAAGCUCUGCAUCGUCAGCCGGUCAAAUGGUAGCUACGGUCUCUGGUGUGGCUGCUUUCGCAGGACUCCUCGUCGUGUCCUUGUAACCUGAUUCUGUUGUGUUGUUAGGUGUGUUUGAGAUUUGUAAGCGGCACAUGGAUUUAGGCACACGAGCUGUGUUUCGGGCAGCGUCAUUUUUGUUACUGUCAGACAAUUCUCUGAGUUGUCUUUCUUCCCAAUCCCACCUCACGUUCUGCCACGCACUGGG